UCUUCUUUUUGUUUUUUUUGCAGGACUAUUCACAGAGGGCUGGGCUUUCAUGAGACGAGCAGGCCGGCUGCUCUGCUUACAGAAUGACAUUUAAAAAAAGAGGAGAGGAGAGGAGAGGAGAGGAGGAAAAAAAAAGGGGCAGAGUCACAGUUUGGGAAGGCCCUUUUUUAACCCUGCGUCUCUGUAAAUUUAUAGGUUCUCUACAAACACACCCACAUGUGGACACACACACACACACACACACACACACACACACACACACNACACACACAGAUAGCAGAAGGCCAACACACAAAGUCAGGAUGUGACAUCACCCACAGGAAGAGAAGCCAAACACUUAUUUUCAUCCUCUUUGUGUGUGUGUGUGUUGUCUACUGAGAGAAGUCGGAGUUUCUCAGACAGUCGAUGACCAGCUGAGAGAGGAACUUUAGAAGAUCUGGAGGGAUAGAACAGCCGGAGCUGAKUUCCACACUGGAGUUUGAUCCUCCCUGAACUCCCACCAACUUUCCACAGCAUUCCUAACUAUCGGCUGUUGGCUUUCAGUGAGAACCGUUCCACAAACAGGAAACAAGCACUCCAUGAAAUCUGAACAUGGCAGACACCGACCUCUUGUGACCUGAUUUCAASUGGCCUGACUUCCUCACAUCCCAAUAAAGUUGAUCCAACUCAAACCUAAUAAUUAUUCUGGAGAACUUUGUCUCCCCUUAUCUUAGGGGGAAACAACUGAGUCAAUGGCACUGUGUCUCGGGCAAGUGUUCAGCAAAGCCCGAACAUUCAGGCCGAAGAGGCGGUUUGAGCCCGGCACACAACGCUUUGAACUCUACAAGAAGGCCCAGGCCUCGCUCAAGUCAGGCUUGGACCUGAGGAAAGUGGUUCAGCUGCCAGAGGGAGAGAACCUCAAUGACUGGAUUGCAGUUCACGUGGUGGAUUUCUUUAACCGCAUCAACUUGAUCUAUGGAACGGUCAGCGAGUACUGCACAGAGCGCACGUGUCCCAUCAUGUCUGGAGGACUGAGGUACGAGUACAGAUGGCAGGACGGCGAGGACUACAAGAAACCUACCAAGCUGCCUGCACUCAAGUACAUGACUCUGCUGAUGGACUGGAUAGAGUCGCUCAUCAAUGAUGAGGAUAUCUUCCCCACCAGAGUAGGAGUACCUUUCCCCAAGAACUUCCAGCAGGUGUGCAAGAAGAUCCUGAGCCGUCUCUUCAGAGUGUUUGUUCAUGUUUACAUUCAUCACUUCGACAGCAUCUGCAGCAUGGGCGCUGAGGCCCACAUCAACACCUGUUACAAACACUACUACUACUUCAUCACAGAGUUCCAUCUCAUCGAUAACUCCGAACUGGAGCCUCUGGUGAGUCAUCCUGUUGGAAAGGGAAGUUUACUACGUUACAAUCUGGAACAAAGGUCUUGGGGUCAUACAGUACUGCAAGGGGGUCAUGAAAAUUUUUGGUUAGACUUUAUUUAAAAAAAAACACAUUACAAUGAAUCCAACAAUGUAGCAAUAAAUUGAUAAAUGGAGGUAUAAAAUAAUGUAUUUCAGUCAGAAAUGCACACAUUCAGRGAGCACCAGCUGAACUCUAGUGUCACUCUCAGCCUGACCCUCCAUGUAUUCUACUCGCGAAGAGAAGACCCCGCCCCCUAUCCAUACUGGACAAGUCAUACUGRCCUGCUGGCAUAUUCUGAUCACAGUAACUAAGAGUCUGUUAGUGCUGUAAUAUUUACAAUACUUCUACAGUGCUGUAACUCAUGUAUACAAUGAACCCCCGAUUUUCAUGGGAGUUACAUUCGAGUACCUGUGAAUCGUGAAAAAAUGCAAAUAUUGGAUGCGGUCCAGAAAAGGCCUAGAGUGUGUUUGGGUGACAUCAUAAUGCAGUAAGAAAAAAAAAAAAAAAAAAAAAAAAAUACAACAGCUAAACAGUUAGCAGCUACAUGCCACAUGGAGAAGUGGAUUGUGGGCAAAGCUGCGUCAAGAACUGUGCUGCAUUUUUUAUAUGGAACUGAAUUUACAUUGACUUUUAUGUUACAAAAUAAAACGAUAUUGUUCUUAAUAAUUUAGCUUGAAAACUCACAAAAAACCAUGAGAGAAAAAAAUUGACAUACCAUACUGAACUGUUUCUCCGGUUUCCACAGUUUUACGGGGAUUAACGCAAACUAGUGCUCCAUGAAAAUAUCCCUGAAGGACUGAGUCACACAAACUGUGAAAUGCAUCUUUGCAAGUAAAUCUGUGUUUUGGUAGAUUAUGUCUUUUUUGUGUUUCUUAGUAAUAAAUCUUACACCAUGCACCUGAUUGGCAGCACCUGGGGAUACCAGAAGCUCAAAACAAGAAGCUGUUUGGCKGAGAAUUGGCGUUGAUCUGGCUCUCCAUCAGUUUGUGGGUCACCGACUGAAAAACACAGAAGACCUCUGAUCUAGAGGGAUAUAUCUGCAAUUUUGUCAUUUUUUUAACCUUUGAGUGUUUGUAAGACAUGAUAAAGUUUUACUCAUAAAAAAGAACAGCUAUUUUCCAUCCAGACUAAAACAUCUCUCAUCCUGCCUGAGCAUGAUUACAGAACACAUAAACUGUGUCCUCACCCACAAUAACAUAUUUUUCAUUAGAUUUUUUUUAAUAAAACUGGAAUUCCGUCAACUUUUUGUUGAGAAUCUGAGCAGAUGAACAAUAGUUYGCAGUUAAUAAUAGUAAUAAUUAAUAGAUCAAACCAGUUAAAGUGUGAUUUCAUUAUUUUUUCCUGCAUUGUGAAACAGGGAUGUGACGGUUGUGUCAGCACAAUGAAAACUGUGAACCUUAAGUUUCAUUAUUUCAAAUUCACUUCUCCAUUUUUACAAGAAUGAAUGAAUUUGGCUGUGUUGUUAUUGUUCUUGUGCAACAGAAACAGAUUUGAUUUGUUGACUCGCUCUUUGUUUGGUUUCCCUGCAGAAYGAGAUGACGGAGAGGAUUUGCACUUGAAGAGAACCGAACGGACAAAGAAGUUUACAUUUUGACGUUAUCUGAGCCCUUCUCCAGAGAAAAUAUAAGCUUCAGCACAUUCCAGACAAAGAAUAGUUUUAUAUCAAUUUGUAUGAGAGUUUUUUUUAACAUAUGGACAAUCAAUUAAUUGACCACUUUCCUUCAGAUGGUGGUACUGUAUGUACACAGAAACUUUUACUUACUCUCAUUAUGGUGCUGUGACAUCUUUAUACUCCUCUGUUAGUUUCUAACACAAGACUACAUUUCCUUUGUUUGUUUCUUGUCUUUAUGUUCAUGUUUAUGUGUGAUAUGACGCCUGUAUGAUUGUGGUCACUGCCAGUUGAUUAAAAUGAAAUGAAAUGUAA